AUGGCGAAGAAGAAGAAGAGUGUGAAGAGAGUAAAGAGAGUAAAUGUGAAUCUGCCUCAGGAACUGGUUGAGGAUAUCCUAUUGAGGUUGCCGGUUAAGACUCUAUUAUGUUGCAGGUGCGUAUGUAAAUCAUGGCUUUCUCUCAUCUUUGAUAACAAUUUUGCUACUUCACACUUUCAACUUGCCUCCACACAUAGGCGUGUCUUCAUAAACCGGUCUGCUCGUAAAUCCCUACCCGUAGAUGGUGAUGCAUGGCUUCAAGAUGAUUCUGCAUAUGCUUCAUCAAACCUUGAUUUUAUUAGUUACCAAAGUUAUGUUGGAAUUAUGGGUUCGUGCAGAGGGUUUCUGUUUUUGCACGGUGACAUAGACUUCUACCUUUGGAAUCCAUCCACCGGUGCCCACAAACAAAUACCGGCCUCUCCUAUAACACAUGAUAAUGAUGGUUACGAACUUCUGUCUGGUUUUGCAUAUGAUCAGUCCACUGAUGAUUACUUGAUAGUUUCGUUGUUCUGCAAAUGUGAUGGGGCAAUUAAAUUGAUGAUUUUCUCAUUGAGAGCUAAUAAGUGGAAACCAAUGGAGGUUGCUUCUCAUUUGCCUGAUAUAACUACUGCCGUAUGGGAUUGUGUCCCUAAAUCCGGGUUGUCCUUGAAUGGUUCUAUUCAUUGGAUUGUUUAUAAUGAAGAGACCUUUAAGAAUGUUAUUAUUGCCUUUGAUAUAAAGGAAAUUGCAAUGUUGGAGAUACCUCUGCCAGAUGAUUUUAUUAGUAUUUGUAGUAAUUUUUCUAUACAUUAUGAUUUGAUCGAAGUUGGAGGGCUUAUCGGCGCAUGGAUGCAUGACCUGAAUACAGUGAAGAUAUAUGUCAUGCAAGAAUACGGAGUGCACUCAUCUUGGACUAAGAUUAUUCAAUUUUCUGCUGAUCCUGUUUUGCACAAAGAUUUAUACAUAGCAUGCUUAACAAAGUGUGGUGAUAUAGUUGGAAGAAAUUAUAAAGAUCGAUUGGUGAAGUUUAAUGACAAAGGAAAGAAAUUAGAGACUUUGCGUUCAAACAAAUACCAAUGGGUGGUGUAUACAGAGUCUUUGUUUUCACUCCCCAGCUCCGGUCGAACAUAG